AAAGGAAAAGUCUUUCGAUGAAAGCAAUAGAGAGAGUAAUAAUAAUAGUAUAGAGGACAAAAGGGCAUUUUUUUUUCGCUUAAGAAGAAGGAAUUGAAAUUCACAACAACAGAUGAGAGUGAUUCGAAGCAGAGUAAUACUGUUAGUACUUUUUCUGCUUUCUGCGUUUGGGUUAAGCGAACAGGGAAAAUCAGGAGGAUUCUGCAGUGAAGAGAUGGCUACUCUUGGUGGAGUUCAUGAUUCUCAUGGUUCCUCGCAGAACAGUGACGAGAUCCAUAGCCUUGCUAAAUUUGCCGUCGAUGAGCAUAAUAAGAAGGAGAAUGCAAUGAUUGAAUUGGCCAGAGUAGUGAAGGCGCAAGAACAAACUGUUGCAGGUAAACUGCACCACCUCACUCUUGAGGUCAUGGAUGCUGGAAAAAAGAAACUCUAUGAGGCUAAGGUCUGGGUCAAACCAUGGUUGAAUUUUAAGGAACUUCAAGAGUUCAACCAUGUUGAAGACGUUCCUACCUUUACUUCUUCAGAUCUAGGAGUUAAGCAAGUAGAGCAGAGCAGUGGAUUGAAAUCAGUGCCUGUGCAUGAUCCGGUUGUUGAAGAAGCUGCAGAGCAUGCAAUAAAGACCAUCCAGCAGAGAUCCAACUCUAUACUUCCAUAUGAACUACAAGAGAUUGUUCAUGCUAAUGCUGAGAUGGCUGAUGAUUCUACAAAGCUUCAUUUGGUCAUCAAAACCAGCAGGGGAGGGAAGGAAGAGAAGUUCAAAGUUCAAGUGCAGCACAAUAAUGAAGGUGCGUUCCACUUGAAUCAUAUGGAGCCUGACAACUAAGUUUGGGAGAUCCUAUGCCUCUCUAGAUUUCUUUACUUCAUCUAUGGAGCUAUGGAUCUGUUUCAAGUAUAAUAAGCAUGUAACCAGCACAAUAUUUUUACUACUUGCUUUUGUUCAUUUGAAGUUGUCUUCAUCUAGUGGAUUACUCUGAUCCACCUUAGGUUGAGGGCAUCUUUGUCUUGUAUCACAAUUGUAAUGUGUUUCAAGUGUCCUGAACAUAACUACUCGGUAUAAAGUAAAUUUUGCUCUUAAGCACAUACUAAACCUUUAAUUAACCAGUAGCUAUUGGCCAAGGAUACUUAAAUAAAUAAAAUUGCAUUCAUGUGCUUCUCCCAA